AAAGGAAGUGAGUCACGCUGACGGUAAUGUUACGUCUCUGUUGCAGCACCACCGAGAGGAGAACAGAGAACAAGGAAGCAACAUGUGCUGACCAUAAUAACUCCAACACAUCAGCACAGACAGCCACGAGACCAGAGCCAAGCACACCAACUGCUGGGUAUUCACAGACUGGACACUUUUUUUUCUCACCAUGAAAAGAGAGGUGGAGGCUGGCGUCAGCUUCCUCAAACGCCUAGCGGUGGCACAUGGCAAGCUCGGUGAAGCCAAGGCAGAAUGUUUUUCUGAGAAGCUACAAAAACUUUUAUGCGACAGAUAUGAUGAACACUGGUACCCUGACUGCCCCAGCAAAGGCCAGGCAUACAGAUGCAUCCGGAUAAAUAACGGAGUACUUUGUGAUGAAGUAAUUCUGAAGGCAUGUGAGGAGAGUGAGCUCACACCCAGUGAACUAGGCCUUCCGUGUGAGAUCACACUGUGGAUCGACCCCCUGGAGGUGUGUGCAAGAUCAGCAGAGAACGGUAGGCCCUUCACAAUAGCCUGUUUCAAAGAUGAAGAUGUUGAGGGAAAACAGACUGACUCCUCAGUGGAUUCAAUAAAUCUGGACACCUCAGAUUACCACUCUGCUACCUCUUCGGAUUGUGGUUCCACUGCAUCAAGCGACACAGAGGAGGAGGCAAAAGAUGGCGAGACGGAGGUAGAGCGUGUAAAGGAAGAGGAGGUUGUCAAGAAGGAAGAAGCAGAAGGUGCCACCUACACGGUAACAAUGAUGCCCAGGAUUCGCAAGCGGCACGGAGAAGGACCAAAUAAAGUCAAAUACGUCAGAAAUAUGCUCCCUGCCAGCCUCCAGUACUUCUACCACCCUGCACCAGUUUGGCCUCAGUACAAGAAGGGCGCUCCAAUGUUUCUUAAUGCAGUAUGCGCGCCACCUCCACCCCAGCAGGUAUUUGGCUACUAUAUCUUGCCGCAGCAGUCUCCACAGUUUAUUCUGCCUCAGGCCACUCUGCAGCCGUGGGGAGCUGUGAAGGGUUAGACCAUCCAGGAUGUGUGGGGUGAAGGUCAACUGAGCCAUGUCAUGUCAGUUCUCUGAGAUCAGCUAAACUUGGGCCAAAAAAAUAACUUUCUUUAACUGUAUAACUCAGUUAUUCCUUUUAAAACCUGUAAUGUUUCCUUUUCAUGUCUGGUGACUUGUGACUUGAUGGCUCAUACUCAGCACAGAGAUGCCACUGAACUUGAAUGAAACUGUUUUUUUUUGUUGUUUUUUUUAAAUCUAUCAGGUCUAAACUUCCAUUAUUUUUAAAGGAAUUGUACACGUUAAGAAUGACUUCAAUCAUUGGGUGCUUGAACUAACUCAGGAACUCACAGCAAUAUCCUAAUAGCAAAUAAUAGUUUUUUCGAGUGUUACUUCUGUUAUGUCUAUUUCUUCACCAAAUAUGGUCCGCGGUGUUUAGGUCUCAAUUAAUUAAUGUACAAUGUGAUUCAGGGUUCAAUCUAUUGUAGCUAUGGUGACAAUAUAUGUAUAUUAAGAGGAAUAUUUUUACUAAACUGCUUGUAAAUAAUACAGAGCUUGGAUACCAAAUAGACUGAUGCACACUUUCUGAUCAUACCGUCUUUUUGUUGUAAUUUAUUUGGCCACCAGUGGAUGGCACUCAACUCAUAGCACAUGAAAUUGUAUAUUUUUGUAUUAACAGUGGCUGCUGUAUUUUGCAAAUCUAACUGCACCCAACGCAAACAUGAUUUUCAAUAGCUUAAACUCUGCAUUGUCAGUACAAUGCAUAUGCUCAGGUAUAUUUGUUAUGGCUUGCUCUGUGUUUUUACUGUAGAUAGCUUUCCUUUACAUGAAAAUGUCCUAUAUUCUGAAUACACGUUUUACUCACUGAUUGUUAUGUACUGUUGUUAAUUUGUGUUAUAUUGAUGCAUAUUUAUUUGCAACCUUGAAGCUCAUCUGUGUGCUUAAGCAUUGUUUUGCUUUCACCUUUUACAUUAGCAGUUUACCUUCUUAUUGCAGCAGAUUAAAUCAACUCAUACCUGAAA